CCCAUGACUACUGACACUGCCAACUGCCAACCAAACCAAACCAAACCCUGCACUGAGGGCCAACCCUACUCUCGCUCUUUCUAAACUUUCUAGCCCUCUCGAAUCCCACAGCCAUGGAGGAGACACAUCGCGUCUUCAACUUCGCUGCCGGUCCGGCUAAUUUGCCCCUAAACGUCCUCAAGAAGGCCCAAUCGGAGCUCAUCAACUGGCGGGGAUCCGGUAUGAGCGUGAUGGAGAUGAGCCACAGAGGGAAGGAAUUCAAGUCAAUAAUUGAGAAGGCCGAAGCUGAUCUACGUACCCUUCUCGACAUACCUGAGAACUACGCCGUUUUGUUCUUGCAGGGCGGUGGCACUACUCAGUUCGCCAUGAUCCCUCUGAAUCUCUGCAAAGCCGAUGACCCGGUUGAUUAUCUUGUAACCGGGUCGUGGGGGGACAAGGCAUUGCAGGAGGCUCAGAAGUACUGUAAGCCAAAUGUGAUUUGGUCCGGAAAAACAGACAAGUACACAAAGAUACCAGAUUUUGAUACUCUGAAUCAGAACCCAGACGCCAAGUAUUUGCAUAUAUGCGCCAAUGAGACUAUUCAUGGAGUUGAGUUCAUGGACUACCCAACACCCAGAAAUGCAACAGGGAUCUUGAUUGCUGAUAUGUCCUCAAAUUUCUGUUCAAAGCCUGUUGAUGUCUCAAAAUUUGGGAUUAUCUAUGCAGGGGCUCAGAAGAACGUAGCACCAGCUGGGGUCACAAUUGUGAUAAUCAGGAAGGACUUGAUUGGGAAUGCGCAAGAGAUCACUCCUGUGAUGUUGGAUUACAAGGUCCAGGCUGAUAACAACUCAUUGUACAAUACUCCUCCUUGUUGGCCAAUUUACAUUAGUGGAUUGGUGUUUGAGGAUCUAUUGGAGCAAGGAGGACUGGCGGAGAUUGAGAAGAAGAACAAGAAGAAAGCUGAGUUGCUAUACAAUGCCAUUGAUGAGAGUAAAGGGUUUUACAGGUGCCCUGUGGAGAAGUCUGUGAGGUCAUUGAUGAAUGUGCCAUUUACACUGGAGAAGUCUGAAUUGGAGGCUGAAUUUAUCAAGGAAGCUGCUAAGGAGAAUAUGGUGCAGCUCAAGGGGCAUAGGUCAGUUGGAGGGAUGAGAGCCUCCAUAUACAAUGCAAUGCCUUUGGCUGGUGUUGAAAAGUUGGUUGCUUUCAUGAAGGAUUUCCAAGCAAGGCAUGCUUGAUUCAUUCAGAAUCCUCCUUCAUCAAAUGGUUUUGGGUAUGGUGUUUUCGGCUGGAGUAGAAGUUUUAGAAUGGUUGAUUCUUGUCUUGCUCUUUCCUUCAUUUAGUUCAUUGUUUGUGUAAGUUAAUAAAUUUUGCCAGAUUCAUGGUGAAAAUUGAAAUGAAUAAUAAGGAUCGGAAACUCACUUUCUAGGAAUUUUGCAA